AUGGGGGGGCUUGGAAGACAUUCCUACCGGACCGGACAGGACAUUGAGAACUGUGGCACCUGCAGGGACUGUGCCUGCAUCAUCUACAGUUGUGUGUGCAUCGCGCUGUCAAGUCGCAUCUUGUCAGCUGUGGAGGUUUUUUUGGUUUUUUAUGGUUGUCACUCUGCUCCGUGUGACGGCCGGAUGCAGCACUAA